AUGCCUGACGACGGCGUCAGACACGUUCAACUAACCUGGUUUCCUCCUCUUGUCAGGCCUUUCGAUGUAAUCGUCAUCGGAGGCGGUCAUGCUGGCACCGAGGCAUGUGCCGCCGCGGCCCGAGCUGGCGCGAGAACGGCGCUUGUGACUCCCAAGAUGGAGAAUAUCGGGACAUGCUCCUGCAACCCAAGCUUCGGUGGCAUUGGAAAGGGCACCAUGAUUCGGGAGAUUGAUGCCCUCGAUGGCCUGGCGGGAAGGAUCAUCGACAAAGCUGGCGUUCAGUUCCACAUGCUGAAUCGGAAGAAAGGCCCGGCCGUCUGGGGUCCACGGGCCCAAAUCGAUCGAAAGCUGUACAUGAAGCAUAUGCGGCACGAGCUCGAGUCAUACCCGAACCUAUCCAUAGUCCUCGGCAGCGUGUCCGACGUUGUGCUCACCACCCUCGACGCCCCCACGCAGGACGGAGCGACAAGUGCCAUUGCGGGCGUGCGCCUCGACGACGGCCAAGUGCUGCCGACCGGCAGGGUCGUCAUCGCCACCGGCACCUUUCUCGAAGCCGAAAUCCACAUUGGUCUUCGGAGCUACUCGGCCGGUCGACUCGGUGAGGCGGCGACUUCUGGUCUGAGCAGGUCGCUGCGAGAUGCUGGCUUUCGGCUGGGUCGCCUGAAGACGGGCACGCCGCCGCGGCUGGACCGGGCCAGCAUCGACUUCCGGAAAUUGGAACGCCAGCUGGGCGAUGAUCCGCCCGCGCCCUUCAGCUACCUCAACACGAGCGUCGCCGUCCAGGAUCAGCUGACGUGCAGCAUCACGUACACCAACGAGGCGACGCACAAGGUUGUGCGCGAAAACCUCGACAAGUCCAUCCACAUACGUGAAUCUGUCAAGGGCCCCAGGUACUGCCCGUCGCUCGAAUCCAAGAUUAUUCGUUUUGCGGACAAGGAGCGCCAUAUCGUCUGGCUAGAGCCCGAAGGCUUCGACAGCUCCAUCAUCUACCCCAACGGGCUGUCCAUGACCAUCCCGGCCGACGCGCAGGAGCAGGUUCUUCGGACCAUCUCGGGCCUGGAGGAGGUCAAGAUGCUACAGCCCGGUUACGGGGUCGAGUACGACUACGUCGACCCUCGCGGCUUGAAGCAUUCGCUUGAGACCAAGGCCAUCUCGGGCCUGUACCUGGCCGGACAGAUCAAUGGAACGACGGGAUACGAGGAGGCCGCCGGCCAAGGCGUCGUUGCCGGCAUCAACGCGGGACGGGCCGCCUUGGGUUUGCCAGGCGUCUCCGUCUCCAGAUCCGAUGGGUACAUCGGCAUCAUGAUUGACGAUUUGAUCACAAAGGGGGUGACGGAACCCUACAGGAUGUUCACGUCACGGAGCGAGUUUCGCAUGGCAGCGAGGGCCGACAACGCCGACGUCAGGCUCACGGCGAAGGGGAGGGAGUGGGGGGUCGUGACGGACGAGCGCUGGAGCGUCUUCUGCGACGAACGGCAGCAGAUGGCCGACCUGACCAGGGCGCUAGAAACGGUGUCCCUGACGUCGGAGCAGUGGCAGCAAAGGGGAUUCCGGCUAAGAAACGACUCGAGGCGCCGCAGUGGCAUUGACAUGCUGCGCUUGUCCAACGAGCGUUCUCGCGUCGACCUCGACCGGUUGCGCGCCGUGCUGCCCGACAUUUCGUCCUACGAGCCUCGGGUGAGGGACCGCGUGGUUAUCGAGGCUUCCUACGCGCCCUACGUGAAGAUGCAGGCGGCCGAACGUGGACAGUUUGCUCACGAGGAGAGCGUUCGACUGCCGCUGGACCUCGAAUAUGAUCGGAUACCUGGCCUGUCUCUUUCGGAGAAGGAGGCGCUCAAAGCAACGCGGCCGCAGACAUUGGCACAGGCCCGUCGCAUCGAGGGCGUUACUCCGUCAGGAAGUCUUCGCCUCCUUGCUCACGUGCGCCAGCAACCCAGCGGUCACAAGCUAGCGUUUGCGGGACAAAACUGA